AUAGCUCAGAAUGACUGAUUAGAAAAUGAAAAGGAAAGAAACAGAGGAAGGUAACUUACAAGAAUCAAUAUCAAAGAUGUCACGAACCGGAGAAAACAAAGACAAUAUUGAUAAGGAAAAGAAAUAUGAUAGACAAUUGAGGCUGUGGGGAGAUCAUGGUCAAAAGGAGCUUGAGAAUGCAAAAGUCUGCUUGAUAAAUGCAUCCUCCACAGGAGUUGAAGCAUUAAAGUGUCUGAUUCUUCCAGGUAUUGGGAAAUUUGUAAUUGUUGAUAAGCAAAAUGUAAAGGAAGAGGACUUGGGAAAUAAUUUUUUCUUGGAUAUUGACAGCCUUGGAAAGCCAAGAGCUGAGUGUGCUUGCAAACUACUCCAAGAGCUGAAUGAAGAUGUCCAUGGGAGUUUCCUGACCCAGGAUCCUGGAGAGCUGGUGGAAAACGAUCCUGAGUUUUACAAAGAGUUCACAAUUGUUAUUGCUUCAGACCUAAAUGAGAAUGAUCUUCUCAAGCUAUCUGAUUUGUUAUGGCGAGCAAACAUACCAUUGCUGAUCUGCGAAGUGCGGGGCUACAUUGGAUAUAUUCGAUUGGUUGUGAAGGAGCAUACAGUGGUAGAAGCUCAUCCUGAUAAUUCUCACGAGGAUUUGAGACUUGAUAUGCCAUUUCCUGGUCUAGUUGAAUACAUGAAUAUCAUGGAUCUGGCAUCGAUGGACAAACAGGAUCAUAGUCAUACACCGUACCUCGUUAUUAUUUACAAAUAUUUGGAGAAAUGGAAGAAUGAGCAUGGUGGCUGUUGGCCUAAGAAUUUCAAGGAGAAAACAGCCUUUCGUGAAAUGAUAUCGCAAGGAGUCAUGAAAAAUGACCAAGGUGUUGAGGAACUCGAAGAAAAUUUUGACGAGGCUGUUAAAAAUGUCAACAACGUUCUGGUUAACACAAAGAUACCAAGCCAUGUUAAUGAAAUAUUCAAUUCUCAUCGCUGUCAACACCCUUCAGAGCCACAUUUGAAAUUUUGGAUUCUCGCUAGAGCAGUGAAGGAGUUUCACAGCAAUUCAGGUGCACUACCAUUAAGAGGUUCCAUUCCUGACAUGUUUUCUGACUCGGCCAGAUACAUCCAGUUGCAGAAUGUUUACAAAGAACAAGCAACUAAAGACAUAGAAUGUGUCCAUGAUAUAGUUGAGCAAUGCCUGUUGGAUAUGCAGCUGGAAAGUGACUUCAUAAAGAUUGAAGACACGAAGUUAUUCUGUAAGAAUGCAUAUUUUCUACACGCCAUGUCUGGGCACCCUCUCUCAAACGAGCUACGCCACUCGAUGGAAGGAAAUUCCCAUAAAAUAGGUGACGUCAUAGGCGACAAUGAGGAUUCCCUUGCACUUCUCUAUUUACUUUUAAGAAGUGUGCAUAUUUUCGAAGAAGGAAACAAGCGAUUACCAGGGUCGCAGGAUGAAUGCUUGGAAGACGAUUUUGAAAAGCUAAAGGCUAUAUCUGGUGAAUUAGCAAGUGAGUACCACAUUGCUGUCGGCGUGAAAGAUGACUUUAUCAGAGAAAUGUGUAGAAGUGGUGCUGCACAACUUCAUACCACAUCUGCAAUCAUUGGAGGUAUUGCUGCACAUGAAGUAAUCAAAGUCGUUACAAAGCAAUUUAUACCAGUUAAUAAUGCCUUCAUUUACAACGCAAUCGAUGAAACGUCAUUAACCUUCGAACUAUGAGAAGCUGCAAUACAAGACUGCAGUAUAGAAGGAUUUGGCGGUAAAGCACGGACUGAGUAAAAUGCAGAACACUAGAUUCAUGUAAUCAAAUUGAACUAACGUCGUGUAAUGGAUACAGGUUUUAUGUAUGGUGUUUGGAAAAGUUAUCAAAGUACACUUAGGGUAGUGACGAUCUCGUAGUACAAUGGCUGCUUUUCUGGUCCACGUAAUGUUGAACUCUUGUUAUGUAUGCUGCAGACAAGAUGGCUGACUUCAAAGAAAUCUCUGUUUUGUUGCUAGACGAGAAAUCAUCUCAGCUUUUAAGUAACAUUUCAGGGGAACAAUUAUGCUGAUGCUGCUAAAGUAUCGUUAACUACUCAAAUUUUUCAUUUCCAUCUUUCACAGAACUGUUUUGUAUUUUUUAUCUAACAUUCU